CCGCUCCUGUGCGUGAGCCGCACGUCCGCCCUUUCCCGUGUCACAUGACCAAGAACCUGCUUCCGCUACGGCUCCUGGAAGGGGCCAGCCCUAGCCGUUCUCGCGUCUCUCCCGGCCCUCGGCGAGCUGCUCUGCCGGUGCUUUGCUUGGGCGCCUCGGUGCGCUCGGCCAACGGCCUCUGAGAGCGCCCACCCGAGCGCCCCGGGAGCCGGCGGGCGGCGGCCCUCGCCGGGGACCCUCCGGUGGGCCCAGGGGGACAAAAGUGGCUCUUGAUCCAGCACAUGCACAUUGAAGCAAGUUAAAAGAUUUAAUAUGAAGCACAGAAGCAGAUAGUGCCAAAUUGCAAGCAGUAGUGAGUACACAUUUCUGGAAAAGCAGUGUCCGUGUUGUUAUGUACACCUCCAAAAAAAGUUCAGAUCUGUAGGGGAAUUGUUGUGUAAAGUAAACUGAACGACAGGGUAGCAGUAUUUUAAUAGCUAUUGUAUACGUGUAUUUACUGUAUUAAAAUGAGUAAAAGAACAAGCAGUGACACACCACUAGGAAGGGUGAGUGGGGCAGCAUUUCCUUCUCCCACUGCUGCUGAGAUGGCGGAAAUUAGUCGAAUUCAGUAUGAAAUGGAAUAUACCGAAGGUAUUAGUCAGCGAAUGAGGGUCCCGGAAAAGUUAAAAGUAGCACCACCAAAUGCUGAACUGGAACAAGGAUUCCAAGAAGGCGUUCCAAAUGCUAGUGUGAUAAUGCAGGUUCCAGAAAGGAUUGUUGUAGCAGGAAAUAAUGAAGACAUUUCAUUUUCAAGACCAGCAGAUCUUGACCUUAUUCAGUCAACUCCCUUUAAACCUCUGGCACUGAAAACACCACCUCGUGUACUUACGCUUAGUGAAAGACCACUAGAUUUUCUGGAUUUAGAGAGACCUCCCACAACCCCUCAAAAUGAAGAAAUCCGUGCAGUUGGCAGGCUAAAAAGAGAGCGCUCUAUGAGUGAAAAUGCUGUUCGCCAAAAUGGACAGCUGGUCAGAAAUGAUUCUAUGUGGCACAGAUCAGAUUCUGCCCCAAGAAAUAAAAUUUCAAGGUUCCAGGCACCGAUUUCUGCACGGGAGUACACUGUGACACCAUCGCCACAACAGGCUCGGGUCUGUCCUCCCCAUAUGUUACCUGAAGAUGGAGCUAAUCUUUCCUCUGCUCGUGGCAUUUUGUCGCUUAUCCAGUCUUCUACUCGUAGGGCUUACCAGCAGAUCUUGGAUGUGCUGGAUGAAAACCGCAGUGUGAGAAGACAAAAUGAAAUACGUUGUGAAAGACCUGUGUUGCGUGGUGGGUCUGCUGCCGCCACUUCUAAUCCUCAUCAUGACAACGUCAGGUAUGGCAUUUCAAAUAUAGAGGCAACAAUUGAAGGAACAUCAGAUGACAUGACUGUUGUAGAUGCGGCUUCAUUAAGACGACAGAUAAUCAAACUAAAUAGACGUCUACAACUUCUGGAAGAGGAGAACAAAGAACGUGCUAAAAGAGAAAUGGUCAUGUAUUCAAUUACUGUUGCAUUCUGGCUGCUUAAUAGCUGGCUCUGGUUUCGCCGCUAGAGGUAGUAUCAGCUCUCAAAAAUAUUGUACCAACAUCUGGAAAUAUAAAAGAUUUGCAAACUUC